CCACGUUCUCUGAUCUUUUGUCCAAAGGGCACGCCAGAGUGAGCUCUGCAGCAAAAACACAAAGCAGCCAUGUUUUCAGACGCUCUCGCCAUAGCCAUGGAGGAGGACCCGAACCCGCUGGAAGGGAGACUAACAACAGUUUUGGUACUAGCCAGUCUUUUCGCCGCGUUUGGUUCAUCCUUCCAGUAUGGAUACAACAUUGCUGUAAUCAACUCUCCAGCACCAUUAAUGCGAGACUUUUACAACAAAACCUACAUUGAACGUUAUAAUGAGCCGAUACCAGAGCGCUUCUUGACUGUGUUGUGGUCGGUGACCGUAUCCAUGUUCCCACUCGGAGGCCUCUUUGGAGCUCUGAUGGUGGCUCCUCUGGUUAAGAGGCUUGGCAGGAAGGGCACCCUCCUCUUCAACAACAUCUUCUCCAUCGUCCCGGCGAUCAUGAUGGGAGUCUGUGAGAUAUCCAAGUCCUAUGAGCUCAUAAUUGCGGCCAGGGUCAUAGUGGGAAUAUGUGCAGGUCUGUCGUCCAACGUGGUGCCAAUGUAUCUGGGCGAAAUCGCACCCAGAAACUUGCGAGGAGCCAUUGGAAUCUUCCCACAGCUCUUCAUCACUGUUGGCAUCCUCGUUGCACAAGUGUUUGGCAUCAGGAGCUUGCUCGGCAACAAAACAGGCUGGACCAUCAUGUUCGGCUUGACCGCCAUUCCCGCUGUUUUCCAGUUGAUUUUCCUGCCGCUCUUCCCAGAGAGUCCCAGGUACCUCCUCUUCCAGAAGAAAGACGAGGUGAACUGCUUGAAAGCGUUGCAGCUGCUGCGUGGCCAAAAUGAUGUGGAGCGCGAGUUAGAUGAGCUUGUUCUCGAGGCGAUAGCGGAGGAAAUACAAUCUCGCUGGUCUCUGUUCUCCCUGCUAACCCAGAAAUUUCUCCGCUGGCAGCUCUUCACCACCAUCGUUUUGAACAUGGGCCAGCAGCUGUCCGGGGUCAAUGCGAUCUACUACUACGCAGAUAGUAUUUAUGCAUCUGCCGGAGUGAAUGAGCAGGACAUCCAGUACGUUACAGUGGGAACAGGUGCAGUGAAUCUCUUCAUGACCAUAGCUGCUGUCUUCAUCGUGGAGUUCUCAGGUCGAAGGCUCCUUCUUCUUCUGGGAUUCGGGAUCUGCUGCGGGUCUUGUGCGCUGCUGACUUUCGCGCUCAACUUCCAGGCGAGAUUAUUAUGGAUGCCUUACGUCAGUAUCUUUUGUGUCAUCACCUACGUCAUAGGACAUGCCAUCGGACCCAGCCCCAUUCCAAACGUGGUGACCACUGAGAUCUUCAUGCAUUCGGCUCGGCCAGCGGCCUUCACGCUUGGUGGCGCCAUCCACUGGAUUUCCAACUUUACUGUGGGCCUCGUUUUCCCCUUCAUGGAGAGAGACCUAGGUCCCUUCAGCUUCGUCCUUUUUUCCAUCGUCUGCUUUUUGACGCUGAUCUACAUCUUCUUCGUGGUGCCCGAAACCAAGAUGAAGAGCAUACUGGAGAUUUCCAAGAUAUUUGACGAAAUGAACAACGUAGGCUGCGUAGACAAGUCGAUAGAGGUUAUAGAUACGACAAGCAGAGCCCGACUCCACUGCCAAAGAUGAGUAUUCGUGCAUGAGUCAAUAAAGAAACCAAAACCUUU